CGUGUUUCUUUCUAAACACUUGUCUUUGCACCAACACAAGGAUUCUGGAUGGAUUACAUCAACUCAAGACUCGGACCAAAACUUCAAGAACCGCUGAUUGUGUGAAUUUCUAGUAUGGGGGCACGUCCAAGUUUGAAACUUCCAAUCGCAUUAGCCAUACCUCUCAGGUGCGUUUAGGGUUUUAUGUCCCUCGUCUUGUUUUCCAAGAUUUGGGGUUGGACCUCUCUCUCUCUCUCUCCUCUUUAGUAUCAUAGAUGCUGCUUACUGGACGGCAAAAGAGCUGGAGAUGCUUCUCUGGGUCUCGGUAACGAGCACCAGAAAUGGAGAGAAAAGACGAUCAGAAGUUUCUGAAGAUAAACGACGCAGUUACUCUCGUCAGCCAAGAAAUCAAUCUGAUCGGCAUUGUCGUGAAAGCCAUCGAACCCAAGCAUUCUCGCGGCCCUGAUUGGGUCUGUUCAGUUUGGAUCAUUGAUGAAUCGUAUCCAAGACCCGGGCUUUGUGUUAAUGUUUUCACGAGCGAACUGGAAGAACUUCCUCAUGUUAAGAACCUUGAGGACAUGAUUCUGCUUACCCGUGUCAAGAUAGAAACUUUUGAUGGCGACAGAGUAACUGCUGUCUUUAAUAAACGAGCUUCUUCCUUCGCACUGUAUGAAGAGGGUUAUGAUGAUGAUGAUGAUUUUUUGUGUUACCAACAUUCUUCAAGAUUUCAAGACAGGGCACAGUACAAGAAUUCCAUGGAUUACCUAGGCAGAUGGUUCACCGGUAGCAAGACUAACACAGGGCCAACCAACUUUUCGUUCUUGAGAGAGAUUAAGGGAGGGAAUUAUUUCGAUUUGGCGUGCAGGAUUCUUCAUGUUAAUGAAAAUAGGAGUGUCAUCUUUGUUUGGGACGGAACUGAUACACCCCCAACAAGUGUUUUUGCAGUGGGAGGAGAAGACGAGCAAUUCAGCAGUCUUCACUUGUGCAAUUGUAUAUCAAGAGAUGCUUUGCUUGAGCUCCCGACCGUUGGAACGAGACUGAGAGUUUCAGCACACAAUCGGUUCCCGUGCAUGCUUAAAGCUGGCCAAUGGGUGAAGCUUUGUGGUUUGCUGUGUGAAGUCGAUAGGGGGAAUUGGGUUGGUAAAUGCAUGGACACUACAAAGGUUAAGCGAAUUCAGGAUGAUAGCUUAGCAGAAAACAUCAAGAGGACAUAUGAUAAGAGAAUAUCGUCGAAUUUGGGGCUGAUGCCGUUCUGGAGUUUCCCCUGGCCUCCUGGAUUAACAGAGACAGAUCAUGAUCGUGCCCCAUUUGUCACACUGAUGGACAUUCUAACAUUCCCGGAGGUGACAUGUAAGUACAAAUGUGUGGUUAGAGCUGUGGCUGCGUACCCAUGGCAGGUUGAGAGAUUCUAUUCAAGUAAAAGCCGACGUUACAGAGUUAUAUUGACCCUGGAGGACCCGACAGCCAUUUUAAAGGCUUUUCUAUGCGACGAAGAGGCGGACAAGUUUUGGGGCGGACAUCACGGCGUCGAGAUAUUGAGAAAGAAACGAAACCGGUUGCUCGGAAUACGGGAAACCGAGAAUGGCGUCGACGGAGAGGGAGAUCCAAGAAAUCCGCCAUGGAUCGAGUGCUGUAUACGGUCUUACUAUACCGAUAAAACGGACCCGUGGAAGACAAGGUACUACAGGAUCUUCGACACCCGACUUGUCGUUUAAGAGCCUCUGUAGUCCUAUGGUUUAUGGUUUAGGGUUGUUCUUAGUAAAUCAUGUGGUCCAAUAGUCAAUGAUGGAUUUGGUCAAAGGAAAAAUAUAUUCCGAUAUGUAUAAAUAGCGAAUGAGAAACUAAGGAAAAGAAGUUUUGUCCGAAUGAAAAGGGGACUUUCGUGGAAAAUUUCUUAUACAUAAU